AUGUGCAACGACUCACCCAUCAAGAAUAAAUACGUCUUACUAGUUUUCCAAUGCCUCGCAAUGAUAUUUAUCUCAAUAGACACAUUUAAUAAUGUACCCGAUUCUGCAAGAAAAACAAAUUACAUCGAAUUCGUGCUAUCCGAUGCAAAACGCUUUUUGAUAUUAGGAUUUAUAUUCUUAUUAUUUACUUCUAUAAAAUUUAUUUUCGCAUGGAUAGAUUCGUUAUUUAAAACCAAAGAAUCAACAAAGUGUCGAAGAGAUUUAUCGAUUGGAUACGGUGGUCUCGUGGCGUGUGGAAUUGCAGUUCAUGUCUUGAUGGUUAAGCAAAGGCGGAGUGAGCACUACACUCGCGAACUCCUCUUCCCACUCUUGUUCCCAAUCUAUAUAAUUUUUCUCUUCAUCAACUCCCACAUCGGCGCCUACAAAUCCUGCCAGAACGAAAUCCAGAACAGUGUCAUCAAAGUGAUCGUGGCGCUUGCUCAUUUAUCAUAUUUGUUUGUCAAUAAAUUUGAAAAAAACGGAUUGGAGCCUCUGAUUUAUACUAUACUUUAUGCACCUUGCUCAAUGGAGUUUUUCGCCGUUUUGCUGUGUGGAGUUAGGAUUGUGGAAUUUGAAGAAAGAUCAUUUUGGUUCAAAAUGGAUGAUCGAAAAUAUCGUCAGGCGCAUCGAUUGCGUGUAGUUUUGAACAGGCAACAACACCCCCUCAUCGAAUGCCAAAUCUGCACGCGCCGCUACAACACCACGCCUACAGUAAUCCCCAGAAUGCUAGUCGGUUGUGGACAUACAGUAUGCCAGGAGUGUAUCCAAGAGCUCAUUGACCUUGAAAAUGGACUAGUUCUGUGUCCUUUUUGCAGGAAGGCUACUAGUUUGGCAGACGGAGAUACAACUCAACUUCCUAUCAACUAUGCAGUGAUGGACAUCGUUCAGUGA